AUGGAAGAAAAUCCUUCAUCAACAACUCUAAUUGAUAUUUCGCGCUACUGUUCGAGCUUUGCUGAAGGUGAUUUGUGGUCAUCGUCUCAAUCCACGUGCUCUCGAUCGCCAGUGCAAAGAUUAUUUUCUCCAACACCAACUCGUUCAACAGAUUCCGAUUCACCAAUUCUACCAUCGUUACCAUUGCCACCUGUUGGUUGGUCCUUAACAUCUUCAUUUGCUCAUAUUGAUCUUGAUACACCACCAGUAUGGUCAUCAACAUCAUCUCAACAGCAUCAACCAUGUAAAUGUUGUCAUUGUUCAAAUUCGACAGAAAAUUGGUCGGAGAAUCUUCCGAGUCGAAUUCGAUCUCAUGUAAACAAAGAUGACAAACGAGGUUUGACACCAAUUCAACGACCAACACCUGCUCGAACUAGUACUCCAUCAUCUUCGUUAGCAAUGUUCGACGAAGAUGAUGAUGACGGAACUUUACGUUUACAUGUGUCAAAUAUUCCAUUUACAUGGUCAAAAGAAAAACUAGCUGAAGUUUUUGGAAAAUACGGAACAACAUUCGAUGUUGAAGUUGUUUACAAUGAACGUGGUUCGAAAGGUUUUGGUUUUGUAACAUUUCUUGCAAAGAAAGAUGCUUUGGAAGCCAAAAAACGAAUGGAUAGAGAAAUUGUCGAUGGUCGACGAUUAGUGGUCAAUUUUGCUAAACCAAAACAAAAAACACCUGGAUCGACAAAAGAACCAUCGUCCCUUAUCUCAAAUUGGAAAACAACGAAUAAUUCGAAUGAGCGAAUUCCACGUGUAUCAAAUUCCAACCAUCAUCAUCAAUCAUUGGGCUUUUCCACUCCACCAACUGCACGUCGACAAAAUUUAGUCGGAUUCUCUACACCACCAACAGCUCGUCGACAACAAUUAUCCAACUAUUCAUCACUUUCAUCAACACCAACUCGAUCAACAACAACAACAACAAAUAAUUAUCAUCGCUGUUAUCUUUAA